UAUUGAGGCUCCAAAGAGGUUUAAAUUACUCACAUUUCGUGAUAAUUUAGAUUAAUAAGUAAUUAUUAGUUAACAAAAUCAUUGCUGAAAUAUAUUUAACAUAUGACGAUUUAUGAUUCACCAUUUUAUAUGUAUGGUGGUAUUCACAUCUCUUUAAUAGGAUGUAAGUUGAACUUUAACUAAUAUGCCAUAGUAUAAAUAUAGCUCAAAGACCAAAUUAUUCUUAAAUGUGUGCCCUCUUGAUAUACUAGUAGUAAGCCUACAAUUAUAUUCAUUGGCAGUGUCACCUAUACAUGUUUCUUUAUUCAUCUGAUCUCUUGUAACAUUGGAAUAUACCCCCAAACAACAAUCAGAUCACUUGAUUCAGCUAGCCAGAGAGACAAAUCAAAGACAUUUUUUAAUCAGCGGAGCAGUUGUCAAGUAUUUAGGUUUCCGCUGCUCAAUCUGGAGGUCAGCAUUUCAUGUAGCAUACACCAGUACUGGUGUGUGUCCACUUCAGUAAAUGUCACAAUGACACUGCACAGCUGAUAGUUACAUUUUAUUAUUGUAAGUUAUCUGAAAAGGAUAACUGAUGUGAACAUGUAGCACCUAUUUUCCCAACCAGCUACCUUUUUGGUAGGUGGUGUUUAUGAAGUAGCCACAAAGGGGCUAGAAAAUUCUAAUAUUUUCAAAGAAUAAUGUAAUCAUUAGUAGUUUGUGUAAUUUUGUGCCUUGCAGAUUGUAGAUAUCGGCUCUUCUUUGCCAGUCUAUGAAUAUACAUGAAUGCGAAACAAAUACAAAUUUAAUGUGCCUCAUAUCUGAGAUGAACUCAGCUUGUGAUGUAAACAUGGGCUGGAAUACCUUAUCAAUGAAAGAUCUUAUAUAAUCUAAAUGGUCAGCGUGAGUGGAUACAGUGAUUCAUCCGGAUUGUUCAUGAAUGGGUCUAUUUUGUGUAGCACAUGAACAUCCUUUGGAUGUGAUUCGGAAUAAAAUAAAGAUGCUAUGAUUGUCAGAAAUACACUUUAACUUUGGUAGCGGGAUAAACCCGCAACAAAAAAUGCAACAUCCAUUCUUUAGGACAGUCUAAGCAUGACUUGUGUUACAUGAGCAUAUGGCGCCUGUGUUGUCAUUCAUUUCACUACCACCUUAAAAACUCAUAUUAAUUGCAUUUCGAUAUACAGAAAUUCGAUCAUCAGUAAGGAAUGACAUACCAAAUAUCCGUAAAAGUCUUGAUACUGUUAAAUGAUUAAUAAAUUGACCAAGAGUUUAAGUUUGAUAAGUUUGAAGGUUUUACCUUGCCAAACACUUUUGUGUGAUGUAGACGCAAUUAAAACAUUUACGUGUAAUGUUACACAGGGUUUUCUAUAUUGUAGCAGUAUUAUAACACCUGGUGACUCCACCAUUUCAAAACAACUGAAUGUUAAUUGGUCUUAUGGCAUACCACUGCUUCAACAUACUAUUUUUGAAAAAUGCCUGUUCUGGCCAUGGAUAAAGUCCGAUAACGAUUUUAAUAACAAUAGUUGCCCAAAAGUCUUGCGCUCGACUAUUCAACAACUUCUAAAAUUAACAAGGACCAUGACUGGGCAAGACGUACAAAACCAUAUAUUGGUUACUUCCCGAGGUUUGAUGACCGGAAGCACUAUGUGAAAUUUUAAUCAAAUGCAGGUAGUUUCUGAAAUACACCUUGUUUUUUAGGGACAUGCUAAACUUUUACCAAAUAUUCUAGGCUGAAAACGAAUCAUAUUUUGUAUUAAACUCAGUCAAGAUUAUUUUUAUUUCAAAAGGUUAGACGACACAGAGCCUUAUGUAAAGUUUUAAUCCAACACAUAUAUUGGUUGCUAAGAUAUGAACUUACAUGCAAAACUUAUCCAAGGUGAGGAUGUCAACUAAGGCAACACCAACACCAGAGUGAACAGAAUAGCUCUCACUAUUCUUCAAAUUCACUGGAAUUUUGAAAAAGUUUGGCAAUUUAUAUGUGUAUAUCAAUGUACAUCAAAUAUUUACACACAAUGUUUUGCAAAAGGAAAUAUUUGCCAGAAAGUGAUAUUGCGUGUUUACUUUUUUGAGUGUAUAUAUCGGUUCAGUAUUCCAUAUUUGGGCAAUUUGACUAUAUGUGUCUCAAAAGUUAGUACCAAUAAACCGAUAUUUUACACACUCUUAUUGUAGUAACAAUUAAAUGAAAAUAAGGAAAUGAAAUGCAGCGAACUAACAUGUAUAUGUAAUAUAUUGGCUCUACAAUUUCUUGAAAUUCUCAGACAGAGUUGCUUAUUCUAUAUGUAUCAAAGUGUUUUGCGAAAGUCUCGGGUUUAGUGUUCUCAUACCUCAAUAGAAAGUGAUGCUGCAAUAAUAAAAACAAUAAAAUUACUUUACACAAUAAGUUUUAAUACAGUUAAUGUUUUAAGACUGCGUGAGUAUAUCCACACACUUAACUGAAUGUUACGUUGAUGGCAAAAAUGAUAUGCAGCAUGUCCGGUUAAAAUUGUUCAUUAUGAGUGUAACUCCUUUUGGGGCCUCUUGAAUUAUAUAUGAAAUUUCAAAGAAAAUGUAAUAUGUCUUAGUUUUUUAUAUGCACUGGAUACUGUAGAGGAUAAACAUUCAUUUCUUAAUUACAUGUUAAUACCAAUGUACCGCAAAUUUUAACAUAUUGGAUACGUCACAUCAUCAUGUAAAUGCCGUCUGAUGGAGAACCCCCAAUUAAGGGCCUCUUAGUCUUUAAUUUCACUUGAAAAUUACAUUUAUACGUCAAAUUAUAUUAUAUAAUUGAAUUUUUACACUCUAUUAUAUAUUUAAGUCAGAUUUACCUUAACCUGUAAUUUAAACAACAUUUUAUUUUCAUUUUUAUUUCUUAUCACGUGCACCCCUUUUGGGGCCUCACGAAAACUUGAUUAGGGAUAUUUGAGCCUGGUAUCCACCCUGGCUGAAUUUCAUAUACUCCAACAAACAUUUUGAUGUAUGAUACCAUAUUGUACUAAAAAAUGCCUACGGAAUUUUUUCUCGGGGCUUUUGCCAACUGUCUAAUAGACGACCUCGACAGUUUUGACGUAUUGACAGACAAUUGACAGACUUGACGGAUGAAGAAUUAAGCCAAAGGUACAGGUUUUCAGAUGACAACAUAGACGGACUGGUUGGACUUCUUGGACCGAAUUUGGAACGACGGACGCGACGGAACCAAGCUGUGACACCACAGCAACAGAUUUUAAUAACAUUCAGAUUUGUUUAUUUUAUGCAAGUUUUCGGUGACCCCUUUGGCGUAGACAUUUUUACCGUCUCACGACUACGACACGAGUUGUGAGGGCAGUGACCGACGUACUAUUUGGAUUGUUCAAAGACCAUUAUAUCAAGUUUCCUGUGACGGACCUUGACCGACGACAAAUCAUGAGUGGAAUUUAUGCCAUUAUAGGGCUCCCGUCUGUAAUUCACUAAUUGGUUGUAUUGACGGGACCCAUGUUAAAAUAUUUUCGCCCGGUUAUCCGCAUUGAGGGCGCAUUUGUUAAUAGAAAACAUCAACACAGUAGGCCUACCAAUGUCCAUGCGAUCUGCGACCACAAAGGUUUGUAUUUAUCAACGGUAUUGCACCAUUGUACACGGUACUAGCUAUACAUUACAUUGAUACAGUAUGUGAAAAAAAGAAGCAAACAUCUUACUUGACAAUCCAUUCGCCGUAAAACCCAAUUCACUCACUCACUCACUCACUGCUCUAGUUAAUGCAAUGUUUACACUGUUAAUAACCUUGAAAUUGGUAAAACACAAUAUGUACACAUGUAUAUUGAUGACAUCAUUAUACUGAUGACAUCAUAAAAGUACUGUUCAAGGAACUAUAUGGAAGGCCGGUCAUGCGCGCAGUGCAUUAUUGGAAAAUUUACCGCGGUUAAAUUGAUAUUUUACGUGGUUAGGUUACCGCGCGGUUAAACUGGUUUAUACAAGAGAAAAUAAUCAGUGGUUACCUAACCACGAUAUAUACCGCGGUUAUAGUUUUACCGUGGUAUAUUUUAACCAUUGUUUAUACAAUUGGCUGCAGAGUGUAAGCAAUCAGUGGGCGUAACAUAAAUAUUGUUAUUAUUAAGAAACGAUAAACCAGUUUCAAUAUUUCAUGAGCUUAUUAAUUGUUUGCUAGCUGGCGAUGAGUCGGUGAGUAGAGCGCAUAAAUCAGGUUAAUAUGGCAAAGGUCAAAAUCACAAAUGGAGCUCAGAUAUCAAACUUAUCCUUCAUAUUUCGUAUCCGGACCAUAACUUUUUAACUAUUCAAGGUAUUGACUUCAAUCUUAGCAUAUAGAUAGGUGGUGAACAGGCAAUGUGUAGAUUGUAUGAUAUAUGUCUGUAUGCCAAAGGUCAAGAUCACAGCAAGGUCAAACUUGUCUGUUGUAUUUUGUGCAUAACUUGAUAACCAUGCAACGUAUUGACUUCCAAUUUAGUGUAUUGGUAGGUAGCGAUGAAACAAUAUGCAAAGCACAUGUAGUUGGUUUGUAGGUUAAAGGUCAAGAUCACAAAUUGAGUUUGAAUAUGUCCUUUGUGUCCGGAGCAAAACUCCAAAACUGUUCAAGGUAUUGAUUUAAAACUUAAAAUAUAUGUGAGUGUUGAUGAGGUGAAUUAAGGAGUGCAACAAUCCAUAUUACUCGCCAACCAACUCAACCCCUCCCAAAAACAAGAAGAAAAUACUUUUGUAUUCUUGUGCCUUAGUAUUCGAACGCAUGAACUUGCUUGGUAGGUCAAAGAUCAUGGUCUCAAAUUGAGUUUAUAAUUCAAAGCUGUCCUUUUGAGUCUGGAGAACAACAUUAAAACAAUUCAAGACAUUGACUUUAAACUUAAAAUAUAGGUAGGUGGUGAUGAGACCAUGACAGCCCCCCCCCCCCACCUUCUCCUUAGGUUUCUUAUACCAUAGUAUUCCAUCACUGCUGCGGCACAACCCACACACCCUCUCCCUCCCGCACCUCAAACUCUUGAUAAUGACUUACCUGAAUAACAUUUCAAUAUAAACAAGAAAGCAUAUUUUUGUUUUAUUUAAGUUUUGUGAAAUAACUAAUUGAUAAAAAAAUAAUAUGGGAAAUAUUCUUAAAUUAAAAAGAUUAAAUGUGUCCAGGGAAAUGUUGCAGAGGUAUCAUUGAAAAAUCUAUACAUGCCAACAGCCCAUGACACGUGAUAAGUCUUGAAGUAUUUUUUCACAGGCUGUGCAACGAAAAGGUCAUUUACAACUAGACCACCACAUCCGCAGCCAGGCAUAUGUGCAUCGAAUCCUUGCGUGCAUGGACAAUGUCAACCAUACCCAUCUAUGAACACUUACAUAUGUAAAUGCAUCCAUGGUGCAACCGGAAGGAACUGUGAGAAAGAAAUGGACAUGUGCCUGUUCAACCCAUGUGCGUUUGGUACGUGCUCUGGUCACGGCAUCAAUUUCACAUGCACGUGUGAUCAAGGAUAUACUGGAAAAUUAUGUGAUAAGCAAAUGGAGAUGUGUUUGUUAAAUCCAUGUGCAUUUGGUAUAUGUUCCGGACACAGACUGCAUUUUACUUGUACAUGCGACAAAGGAUGGGCGGGAAAACUAUGCAACUCACAGGUUCAGCAAAUUAAUGGGGGCUGGACGUCUUGGACGACAUGGAGUGCCUGCACACGUAUGUGCGGCACUGGCCGCUCAAGCAGAACACGAGCUUAUACUAAUCCUGUGCCACAAAACAAUGGAGCUCAGUGUUCUGGUUCUGCUACAGAUAUGCAAAGCUGCAACACUAAUCCGUGUCCCAUUGAUGGAGGGUGGACGUCCUGGACGAAAUGGACUACAUGUACACGCACCUGUGACACGGGAAAGUCGAGCAGAACUCGUACUUGCACUAAUCCAGCACCACAACACAACGGGGCACAAUGUUCUGGAUCAGCUCAUGAUACCAAGACAUGCAGCUACGUUUCUUGUCCAGUUGAUGGAGGUUGGACGUCGUGGACGAGAUGGACUACAUGUUCACGCACCUGUGACAUGGGAUUUGUUAGCAGAGGUCGUUCUUGCACUAAUCUAGCACCACAACACAACGAGACAUAUUGUUCUGGAUCAGGUUAUGAUACCAGGGUUUGCAGCCACGAUUCUUGUCGUCCAGCAUCUACUAUCUGCGUCGCCGGAGACAUAAUAGAUCAUUUGCUAUUUAAGACGUUUGCAAGCCACCCAUCAGCCAGAUACUGCACACAGUCUAACACAAACAGCGACAGCGAGGCUCUCUUGUUGGCUCAUUGCAAACCUCCCAAUAUGCACUGGCAAAGAUGGACUGCUGAUCUUAAGGUCAUUGACCACUGUACGACUUUAGCUCAGGGUGACCCUAUUGGAGUGUAUAUAAAUGGGAGGAUUGGAACCGGUGUGUUUGCAGUAUUCUGGCGGUGCAAAACAUCCUCGGCUUCAUUCGAGAUCGCCUAUCAGUCAUGUGGAGAGCCGGUAAGGAUAAUUGAUGUCAGGAACUCGCAGUUUACUCCGGAAACAUUGUAUACGUUGAAAUGGUGAAAGGUU